GAUAAAUAACUUACGCUGUUCCGUCGGCGGGAAGCGUGGAGGACGCCGUCACGUCAGGAACGCAACCAGCGCCCCGCCGGCCGGUUCUACCGCUUUGGCUUUUUGUCCCUAACCGGCCCCCAUCAUUUCAUCUCACUAAGCCACGUGACCAUAACACAACUUUUCCCGCGAACGCCGCAGUUCAGCGCCGGUGAGGUUGUGUGGCGGUCCGGUCCGGUUCGAGGAUGUUCUGUGAGAAAGCCGUGGAGUUGGUCCGGGAGCUGCACCGGCUGAGGGACGGACAGCUUCCCGCCUUCAACGAGGAUGGACUGCGGCAGGUUCUACAGGAAAUGGAGUCUCUGUAUGACCAGAACCAGGCGGACGUGAACGAGGCGAAGGCCGGGCGCUCCGACCUCAUCCCCUCCAUCAAGCUCCGACACAGCUGUCUCCUCCGGAACCAGCGCUGCAUCACCGCCUACCUCUACGACCGGCUGCUGAGGAUCCGAGCGCUGCGGUGGGGGUACGGCAGCGUGCUGCCCGCAAACGUGCGCUUCCACAUGUGCGCAGAGGAGGUGGAGUGGUUCGGUCAGUAUAAGAAGUCUCUGGCCGCUUUCAUGCGCUCCAUCGGGGGAGGGGAGGGACUGGACAUCACGCAGGACAUGAAGCCCCCAAAGAGUCUGUACAUCCAGGUGAGGUGCCUGAAGGACCACGGCGAGUUUGAGAUCGACGACGGGACGGUGAUCCUGCUGAAGAAGAACAGCCAGCACUUCCUGCCGCGCUGGAAAUGCGAGCAUCUGAUUCGUCAGGGCGUCCUGGAGCACGUGCUGUCAUGAAGGGGGCGGGGCUUCCCGCUGGACAUCUGCAGGCGCUCCUUCAAAUAAAUCGUCGUGUUGAAAUAAA